CAGAUAGAAAAUCCGUAGUUGAGUUAAUCCACAGUGAAGCAUAUAUGACAGUGUGUUAAAGUGAAUCUACGCUUCUCGAUUUUUUUAUUUUUACCGAGGAAUACAAACGAAAAUUUGAGGGCUGCAUCCCAUGAUUUCAAUACAAUAUUGUAUCAAGAAAACAAAAAACAAAAAAUUUGUCACCCACACGAGUUGAAAACCUUUCCGCAUUGCAUUUUUCUCAAACGAUUUGAGCUUUUCCAUAUUAACAACCUCGUUCGUUUUUAUCAUGCAGCAUCGUAAAACUUAACAGAUUUUUUAUUCACAGAUUUCUACUCUGCUAUACUGUAUAUAAUAAUAAAAUGAAUUUUCCGAAGGAUUCCGACGAUAAUAGACAACAACGUAAUUUUAAUAAACAUUUUUAUAGCAAGCAUCGAUGUUGCGAUUCUCUGUGAGCGAAUGUACCGGGCAGAAGUGUCAGUGAGUAAUUAAAUUGCUGUGUGUGAAAAGGCUUACGGAAAUUAGCAUCCAUUCUUGUUUCUUUUUUGAAUUUAUCAAAGGAUUUCUAAUCUCUAGCUUCGCUUGAAUCUUCUUAUGAGAAAGAUUCCUAAAAUUUUUAUAAAUUGGAAUAAAAAGUUUCAAUGGAAGGUUUACAUCUAUUCAAUUGGAAUAUCAAUUUUUUUAAUCUUUCAUAAAGGUUCGAAAUAUUAGGUCAGUGGCUUAAACGGGUUUUCGAUCCAAGAGCCAUUGCAGAUGUCAGUAAAACGAGCUCAAUUCUUCAUUUGUUCACAGCAAGCGACAAAAAAGUACGAUCAAAGUGUUGAGGAAUGAAAAAAAUUAAAUUUUAGUCCUAUGCAUGAAUGACAUUUUUUGCUACGUUACAGUCUCACUGGGUUUGUCAAAAAUUUUUUAAAUAUUUUCUCCACUCACCUCGAUCCACUUUAUAUUCACCUCGCCUUCGUCUGCGGCUACAGCCAGUUUAUCUCAAACUAUAUCGCAUGUGCCGUGGGCUAAGGGAAACUGCAGAACACUGCGCCGAUACAACUGGUACCUAACUUAUUUUCUCGAGUGGUAAUGAGAAUAGCCUCGAGCACGGCAACAUUGUGUGGCGCUCGGAAAGAUGCCUCGCCACUUAUCUAAGCCUCUUGAACAUUUACCACCUAGUGGUGUUUUGGACAUGGAUUUAUGAAGGAAUUACCAAGAUUGAACAUCGUAAAUAACGAAGAAGCAAUACGACGUUAUUUACAAUGUACGACUGGUUUUCUCGAAUUAACACAGAGUUAAAAAAAAUGUAUAAAAGUGGAGGACACGCAUUUACGCUGCAGUCGUCUUAUCGCCAUUCGAACUUCAAGCAUGAAGAACUUCGUUUGUAUUUUUGCUUUGGUUGCGAUCCUCGCUUGUUUCGAAUUUGCUGAUGCUGGUCCAGCUGGUCAGAAAUGCGGACCUAACGAGUCAUCCACGCCAUGUGGUCCAGCCUGCGAAAAUACUUGCUCGAUGCCUGACCGAAAGAUUUGCCCAGCGAUAUGUAUAAUAGAUGGUUGCACGUGCAACGGUGGAUAUGUCCGCGAUGAAAGUACGAAUAAAUGCGUGAAACUGAGCCGUUGCGGGAAGGAGUAAACGACCUAUGCAAGAUUGCAGAACUUAUUUCAGAAGACAACUCGCAAAUGACUUGGCGGAGUAAUGAACAACGAUUUUGUUCUACACCUUUAAUGAACAAGAAUUUUCAUGGAACAGCGUUAAUUUUCUCAUGACUUUAUGAAAGCUGGUAUCAUGUGGAAGAGUGAAAAAUAAAAUUUGUUCCCCUUCAUGGACUACAAUGUUCAGGGCAAAGUACAGUA